AUGCCUCCAACGACGAUCUCACGAGAUGAAGUGCUCAAGUUUGAAACGAUUCUCCUAGAUGCUGAUGGUACCCUAUGGGAAGAGGACGCACCCAUUCCUGGUGCCGUAGGUUUUGUUUCUGCUCUCGAGAAGGCAGAAAGCAUGCAUUAUUGGUGGAGCAAUAUCCAACAGAUCGAUGGACGAAUAUUUGUC